UAUUUUCUGUCAUGUCUUUUCAUCUAUCUUUUGCUAGGCCGUCUCAUCUAUACAUAAAUGUUUCCGUCCAAUGUUUCUUAUGCUCUGACAUGUCUAUCUAUCGCAUCUUUCAUCUAGUCAAUCUAAUGUCUACUAAAAUAUGCCUCUCAUCUCUUAUUCGUUCACUUUACUCAACAUCAAUCAAUAGAAGAAAAAUAAUAGAUAUGCAUACAAAUUACUAA